AUGAGCCAGAAGAUAUCAACGGAAGGUUCACCACGAUGGUUAGCAAGCACGACAAUGGACUGGAGAACCGCUACACUGGAAGAUGUUGAGAAGUUUCGCAUUCAAGUCUGCCGGGAGCUGUCCUUGUACGACUUCUCCCUCAACCUCGUGAAAGUGGCUCGAGGGUGUGUGGAGGUGACAUGGCGGGUUCCUCGUUCUCUGGUGACCUACAUCCAGAACUCUGUCAAGCCCAGCAGUCAGAGCAUGAUGGAGCAUCACGUCACCACUCUCACCAUUGACGGAUUCAUCGUCUACGACUCUUCUUUCGCCAUGCAGUUGGAGUGGAAGGUGAUUCGACUAGGGCUUCAGGCUAUUGAUACCAAUUACAGCUACCUGUUGGAGGAGAUGUCACCAGAUGAAGUAGUUCCACACCUGGUGCAACGAAGGCUGCUGACACAGCCACAAGGAGAAGAAGUUUGGGCAAAGAGCAGUCAACUAGAGAAAGUACAUAUAAUAGUAGACGCACUCCGAGAAGCUAAGAAUAUAGUUGUGGGGAUGUUCCCAACAUUCUGUAUGGCUUUGGCUACUGCAGGGCAGUUACAUGUUUCAGCGAGACUCCGUAACAAGUUCCAGAGUCUCCUGAAGGGUGAGGCAGUCUGCCACCAACAAGAGGAAGAUGAAGUCAUGAUCUCUGGAGAGUCAAGUACCCAGCCCUCUCCUCCUCCUCCAGAUAGCCGCCUCAUCACUGCUCAAUUGGAGGGUUCUACCCUCACAAGAGCACAGUACAACACCAUACACAGCCUCACCAGCUCCCUACUCUGUAUCCCCACUGGUGAUCUGGUGUAUGAUGGCCACACCCUCAUCCCCUCACUCUUCACUGGCACUACUAUACUUUUGUUGAAGUGGUCCAUUUUUCUCUCUCAUUACACUGCAAUGGCACAGGAGGGUAUUAGAAAAGUUUGUGACAAUGGAACAGAGAUUAUCAUUCCUCAUUUAAAUGAGAUCGGUCUUCUCAAUGCUGCUUGGGAUGGGGAUAAAGAGUCAUUGGAUUACGCUCUGGGAGCUGGAGUGCCAGUUGAUUGUCGGAUUAUUAAUGGGUGGAGUUCACUGAUGGCUGCAUCUCAGAAUGGACAUGUGGAGGUGGUGGACAAGUUAUUACAACAUGGAGCCACAGUAGACCUUCAAAAAGAGGAUGGGUGGAGUUCACUGAUGGCUGCAUCUCAGUAUGGACAUGUGAAGGUGGUGGACAUGUUAUUACAACAUGGAGCCAGAGUAGAUCUGCAAAAUAAGAAUGGGUGGAGUUCACUGAUGGCUGCAUCUCAGAAUGGACAUGUGGAGGUGGUGGACAAGUUAUUACAACAUGGAGCCACAGUAGACCUGCAUGAUAAGAAUGGGUGGAGUUCACUGAUGGCUGCAUCUCAGAAUGGACAUGUGGAGGUGGUGGACAAGUUAUUACAACAUGGAGCCACAGUAGAUCUUCAACAUUCGGAUGGGAGGAGUUCACUGAUUGUAGCUUCUCAGCACGGACAUGUGGAGGUGGUGGAAAAGCUAUUACAACAUGGAGCCAGAGUAGACCUUAUUACCAAGAAGUAUAAUGACACAGCACUGUUGCUAGCCUGUCAGAACAAUGACUUGACCACAGCUUCUGUCCUCCUGAGAGCUGGUGCCUACCCAAAUGGCUGCAAUAACCGUGGACAGACUCCACUACUGCAGGCCGUAAGACACAAAAACCUGGCAAUGGUCAGAGACUUGGUACAAGCUAAUGCCGAUGUGAACCAAAUGGAGCAGGGAGGACUCUCUCCUCUGAUGAUGUGUUGUGAACAAGGAGACUCAGAGAUGGCAAAACUGCUACUUGACUCUCAAGCUAAUCCUAACCUCCAGCAAUCAAAUACUGGAUACACAGCUCUGAUGUUUGCCUGCAAGGGAGGUCAUCUGGACACAGUGAAGGUCCUCAUGGAACAUGGAGCUGACCCACUGAUCAGGAAUUCGGCGGGUGUGACAGCAUUGGGUGUUGCAUCUCCUAAUGAGUUUCCUGAUGUCUGCAAUGAACUAAACCGCUGGGGGCAGCCAGAUAGCACCACUGAUGUGGAGCAUCCUGAGACUUCUACACCAAAAGAGGAAGUAGAUGAAGUAGUCAGUAGGUUCCAAGGACAGAUGUUGGAGGAAGCUCCCUACGACAACCGGGAACAAGAGGAAGUGGUGGAGGGAAAGAAGGUUCCAAAAGGAGAUUACAAACGAUACUUGGAGAUUCGUGCAUUAGGAGCCACUCUAUGGAGAACUGGGAAAAGGAAAGUUAAAGCAGCAAUAGAAACAUUGUACUCUAACCUUAACUGAUAUUACGUGUGUCUGUUUAUUACCAGAAUAUCUUGGUUGUUGACAUAAUCAAGCGUAGCUAGUCAUCAAAGUACCACAAUACGACAGCGGACAUACACUAGCGAACGUGUUCUUGCUGACUUGGCAAAUUGUGCUGAAUUGUUCCAGCAAAAAGCAAUACUGGAUCAAGGAUAGUUAAAACAAUGGCAGUGAAGGAUGUGUACAGUUGUGAGACACUAAGUACCACUAUAAAUUAAGGAGUUCUUCGUCUUGGUCACGGGG